GUCUUCAUGUGAAAGUGACAGAGUAUGAGGAACAGAAUGUAACACUGACCUGUAGCAGCACCUGCACUUUGAGUGGCAGCCCUACCUUUACCUGGUACAAGAAUAGAAAAGUUGUGCCCUAUGAGUAUAAAUACUCCCUCAAUGUAGCCAGCACUGAAGAUACAGAUCUCUACUCCUGUGCUACAGGAGGAGUCACUUCCCCUGCAGUCAAUGUGAAAUAUGCUCCUAAAAACACCUCAGUAUCAGUGAUCCCCUCUGGUGAAAUAGUGGAGGGCAGUUCAGUGACUCUGACCUGCAGCAGUGAUGCCAACCCACCAGUGCAGAACUACACCUGGUAUAGGAAGGGUGGAUCUACAUUCUUAUGGAGAGGAUCAGAACGGAGUAACACCAUUAAUAAAGUCAACUCCUCAGAUGCUGGAGAAUACUACUGUGAGGCAGAGAAUGCGAUUGGGACAAAAAGAUCUCUUCCUAAACGUCUUGGUGUACAGUAUCCUCCGAAGAGCGUCUCAGUAUCAGUGAGCCCCUCUGGUGAAAUAGUGGAGGGCAGUUCAGUGACUCUGACCUGCAGCAGCAGUGAUGCCAACCCACCAGUGCAUAUACACACCUGGUUUAAGAAUAGAGCUGAACUCUCAUGGAGAGGAUCCAGUUACAACUUUAAAAGCAUCACACUGCAGGAUGCAGGAGAAUACUACUGUGCGGCAGGGAAUGGGAUUUGGACAAAAACAUCUCCUCCUAUACGUCUUGAUGUGCAAUAUCCUCCAAUGGGCAUCUCAGUAUCAGUGAGCCCCUCUGGUGAAAUAGUGGAGGGCAGUUCAGUGACUCUGACCUGCAGCAGUGAUGUCGACCCACCAGUGCAGAAAUACACCUGGUUAAAGAAGACUGGAUCUGUAUUCUCGAGCAGAGGAACAGAACGGAGUUACAUCAUUAAAAACAUCACACAGCAGGAUGCAGGAGAAUACUACUGUGAGGCAGAGAAUGCGAUUGGGACAAAAAGAUCUACUUCUAAACAUCUUGAUGUGCAGUGUGGAGAUCAGAGAGUCAAUAUCUCCUGAGUAUCUUUAGGAAACUUUGCAAUCGUCAGACACUGAGUAAAGCAGUCACACUGGCCAGUGAAGGGAGAAUCUUAUGACGAUAUAAUUAAUUUAACAUGAUGAGUAAGCCAGAUGAUACGGACAUGUCAUAAGUUAAACGAGUAGUCAUUCUGAGUUUGCCCAAGCCAAACAAACAUACCAUAUAUACUGUAGAUGUUUUAUACCAAAUAAUAGUUACUCUUAAUACACCAAGC